GCUCGGAAGGCUGGCGGGCGCCAUAUUUAAUACACCAGAUGCUAAGUAGCGCUUAGCUGUUUACAAGCUCAAACUUUUACCUUGAAACGAUCAGACGUUAACGUGAAAUCAAAAAUGAAUGUAAUCGACCACGUACGGGACAUGGCUGCUGCAGGACUCCACUCAAAUGUUCGGGUACUGAGCAGUUUGCUGCUGACGAUGAGUAACAACAAUCCGGAGUUGUUCUCUCCAGCUCAGAAGUACCAGCUGUUGGUUUACCACGCUGAUGCCAUCUUCCACGACAAAGAAUAUCGCAACGCUGCCUGCAAAUACAGUAUGGCACUACAACAGAAAAAAGUGCUCAGUAAAACAUCUAAAGUUCGUACUUCUACCGGUGGAGCAGCAUCUAACAUUCAAGCACAGAAUUUGCCAUCAGAAAUUGAGGUCAAAUACAAGAUAGCUGAAUGCUACACCAUCUUAAAAUUGGAGAAAGAUGCCAUUGCUGUGCUCGAUGGGAUUCCAUCCAGACAGAGGACUCCAAAAAUCAACAUGAUGUUAGCUAACCUCUACAGGAAAGCUGGUCAGGAGCGUUCUGCUGUGACCAGUUAUAAAGAGGUUCUCAGACAGUGUCCACUUGCCCUGGACGCCAUCAUUGGUCUCCUGUCUCUGUCGGUCAGAGGAGCUGAAGUGGCGUCCAUGACGCUGGAUGUGAUCCAGAGCAUCCCUAACCUGGACUGGCUCUCUGUUUGGAUCAAAGCUUAUGCCUUUAUACACACAGGAGACAAUCAUAGAGCCAUCAACACUAUUUGCUCUUUGGAGAAGAAGUCUCUCCUGCGGGACAAUGUUGACCUGCUGGUGAGCCUGGCAGACGUGUACUUCAGAGCAGGGGACACAAAAAAUGCCACCCUCAAGUUUGAGCAAGCUCAGAUGCUGGAUCCAUACCUUAUCAAGGGUAUGGAUGUCUAUGGUUACCUAAUGGCACGUGAAGGACACCUGGAGGACGUGGAGGUACUAGGAGGACGAUUAUUUAAUAUUUCAGACCAACAUGCAGAACCUUGGGUGAUCUCUGGUUGUCACAGUUUCUAUAGCAAGCGUUACUCCAGAGCUCUGUACCUGGGAGCCAAGGCCAUCCAGCUGAAUAGCAACAGUGUGCAAGCUCUCCUUCUCAAGGGGGCAGCCCUGAGAAACAUGGGCCGUGUUCAAGAAGCUAUCAUCCAUUUCAGAGAGGCCAUGCGUUUGGCACCGUGUCGACUGGACUGCUAUGAAGGCCUUAUCGACUGUUACUUGGCAUCCAAUGGGAUUCGAGAAGCCAUGGGAAUGGCUAACAACAUCUAUAAGACUCUGGGGGCCAAUGCACAGACUCUGACCAUCUUAGCCACAGUCUGCCUGGAAGAUCCUGUGACACAGGAGAAAGCAAAGUCCCUGCUGGACAGAGCUCUGGCCCAGAGACCGGACUACACCAAGGCGGUGGUCAAAAAGGCUGAGCUGCUGAGCCGAGAACAGAAGUAUGAAGAAGGAAUUGCUCUCCUCAGGAAUGCGCUGGCCAAUCAGAGUGACUGUGUCCUGCACAGAAUGCUGGGAGAUUUUCUGGUGGCUGUCAACGAUUACCAAGAAGCCAUGGAUCAGUACAGCAUAGCUCUGAGUCUGGAUCCCAAUGACCAGAAGUCGUUAGAAGGCAUGCAGAAGAUGGAGAAAGAAGAGAGUCCCACAGACGCCACCGUGGAGCUGGAUGGCGAUGACAUGGAAGGCAGCGGGGAGGACGGAGAUCUGGAGGGCAGCGACAGUGAAGCUGCGCCGUGGGCUGAUCAAGAACAGUGGUUUGGUAUGCAGUGACCCAGGGUCACUGAGGGACGCUCUGUCAGUACCAUCUUUUAACGCCCUGCAGCCACCUGGUGGCAUCACACAUAGCUACAUUAAUCAUCCUCAGGGAUGGCUCCGUGUGACAGAUGAGCCUUUGUUAGCUGCAGAGCCACAGGAAGGAGUUGAUGUUUAAAGGGGAAGUGCAACCUCAGGGGAGGAGUUAAGACAUUUCUGAAUUUAAUGUCAUUUCGUCCCAUGUUGCUCUGGUUAUUUCAACCUCUAACCCUCCUACUGUUUACUGUGAGGUUUUCACGAUGUCUUCACGACAUCAGCAUUAACUAUUGCAGAACCUGAGCAAGUCCCUUCAAGAUGAUGUAACGUGACGUUAAGCUAACAGUUGCACUUCAUCAUUGCUGCCUUUUACCCAUGGACUGAUGUGCUUUAAAACGCUCCCUGUUAGACUACACAGUAGUUUGUGUUAGACAACCUUCUCAAAAACCUUUCAUUGCUGGGUUUUUUUGUUUGUUUGUUUGUUUUUUGCACAAUAAGUGACAGGUCAAGUUAAGAGCUAACGAGUCUACUUAUUUUAUGAAUUUGUGAGUUGAUGUGACUUGUCAAUGAGUGUUAAAAAAAAAACCCACCAGAGUAAAAGUUGUGUUCAAAUUAUAGAUGGUUUCAAAUCCCUGCAACUAGUAAUCAUCAGUAAGAUGCAAGAGAUGAAUCAUCCCCCAACUGUGGUUUCAUCAUAGUUCUUGCCAUAUUAACUUUUACAUUUUACCGCGGACAUGUUUUUUUAUUCUUCAUUUUUCAUAAUCUGCAUUUCUGUGUGAAAUAACUUCAGUGUUACUUUAACAGACUGUUUAUAGUGUUUUGUAUAUAUUUGUAAAAUAAAAAUAUUAGACAUUAA